ACGUGGAGCUGAAGAUGGCGGCGCCGGUGGGUGAACCGCGGCGCCUUCAGACUCCGUAGACGGGCAGGGCGCGAGUUGCUGACGCCGAGCGAGAGAGACCUUUCGGAGGCUUAGGGCAAGUUCCCCUUCUGGGUUUAGUUGGAUGCACCGUAACUGUCUUGUCUCCCGCGCAGGAGCCAUGGACGAGCAGGAGAGGCAGAAGAAGCUGGAGGCCGGCAAAGCCAAGCUUGCACAGUUUAGACAACGCAAAGCAUACUCUGAUGGGCAGCAUGCAUUUAAGAAGCAAAAGAAGAAAAAGAUAUCAAAAGUCAAAGAUAAAGAAUUGAUACAAGAAGGUUUGGAUAUUAACCAAUUGCAAACAGAAGAAGCAUCCCCACAUAACUUUCAAAAAGGAGCAGCUGCUACAUCUGAAUCUGUUAAAGUGAGAAAUUUGCACACUGAUGAAAUGAUCAAGGAUAAUCAAACAUAUACCACAGAUCUAGAAAGUGAGAUUUCUACUCCAGCAGAUGAUUACAGCUCAGAGAUAAAUGGUGGCAAUUUUUUGACAAGAACUGAUGUACCUUCUGACUUUAUUAGGGAAGAAGAAUUGGAAUUUGGAGAGAAGUAUACUGAUCAUGAGGUGCAGAAUACUAUAACAGAACUGCAGAUGAUGAAGAAUGAAUUGGCUGGAAAGCAGCAAGAGAUUGAAGAGCUAAAUAAAGAGCUAGAAGAAAUGAGGGCAGCGUAUGGUACAGAUGGAUUGCAACAGCUGCAGGAAUUUGAAACUGCUAUCAAAAAAAGAGACAACAUUAUAACCCAACUCACUGCUAAUCUGCAGCAAGCCAGGAUGGAAAAAGAUGAAACUAUGAGGGAAUUUUUGGAACUGACAGAACAAAGUCAAAAACUGCAAAUUCAAUUUCAGCAUUUGCAGGCAAGUGAAACUUUAAGGAACACUAGUCACAGCAGUACAGCUACUGACUUAUUACAAGCUAGGCAACAGAUAUUUGCCUAUCAGCAACAGCUUGAAGAACAAGAGCAGCUGUUGAGAAACUAUCAGAAGAAAAAUGAAGACUUUGAAGUGCAGGUUUCCCUUCUGCAACAUAAAAUCAUGGACAUGGAAAAAUGGAAAGAUGAAGAAGAUUGUUCUACAAAGAAAAAAAUGCAGGAACAACAAACAACUAUUGAACAACUGGAAGCAAAAUGUAUAGAACAUGAAGAAAAUGUAUUUCUUUAUCUGAAAAAAUUAUCAAUUGCUGAGAAAUCUCUGGAGGAAUUAAAAGAAGCGACUUUUGAAAAAAAUCAAGAGAUGGAUAAUGUGAAGUUUGAACUAAUAACUUCUAAACAAAAAGAAAGACAAUGCUCUGAUGAAAUAAAACAGUUAAUGGGAACUGUGGAAGAACUGCAAAAGCGAUUUCACAAAGAUACCCAACAUGAGAAUGAUAUUAAAGAAAAAAUGGAACUUGAAGCCCAAAGGAAACUUGCAGACCUUAGGGCAGAAUUGGAAGAAAUUCAUGGCCAGCAAAUUGUACAACUGAAACAAGAAUUAAUCAGAGAACAUUCAGCAGAAAUUGAAAAGCUCCUUGCCCAACAAAAAGCAGAUCUAGAGAAGCUAUACUCUGAUAAUACUAAUGAAGACCAAAUGCACUUAAUGAAUAGUGCAAUUAAUGAACUGAAUCAGAUGCUUCAGGAUGCUAAUUAUCAAAAAGAAAAAGUAAAAGAAGAAUUGUCCAAACAGGUUAAAUUGUUAUCCUUGGAAAAAUCUUCUCUUCAAAAUCAAGUGGAAGAUCUUUGUCAAGAACUGAGUUUUGCAAGAGAACAGAUCCAAAGAGUUAAAAAGACUAUAAAUGAAAAAGAAUCCAAAUUGCAAGAAGUAGAUAUGUUAAAAAUCACUAUAGGAGAUCUAAAAGCUCAACUUGCUUCAGCUUCAGAGAUCAGGGAAGAACUAGAAAUGAAACAUGAUGCAGAAAUUACCAACUACAAAAUAAAACUUGAAAUGCUGCAAAAAGAAAAGGAUGCUGUUUUGGAUAGGAUGGCAGAAUCUCAAGAAGCAGAACUAGAGAGAUUGAGAACUCAGCUUUUAUUCAGUCAUGAAGAAGAAUUAUCAAAAGUUAAAGAUGAUUUACAAAUAGAACACAAAAUAAAUAUUGAAAAUCUUAAAGAUAAUAUGGCUAUGCAAGCUAAACAGCAAUUAGAUGAUUUUCAAAAUGAAAUGAACAUAAAAAUAGAAGCUGUGCAAUUUGAAAAUGAUAACUUAAUAAAAAAUCAGAAUCAACUCACAUUAGAAAUAGCAAGACUAAAAGAUUUACAUCCACCUACAAUAAAUACUAACUCCGAAGAAAUGAUGCUUCUGGUAAAUAACCUCCAGAAAGAGAUAGAAGUUCUUAGACAGGAAGAAAAGAAAAAAUGUGUACUUGAACAGGAGAUUCAGGAGGUGCAACUUAAAACAGAAUUAUUUGAGAAACAAAUGAAAGAGCAAGCACAUUGUCUUCAAGAAAAGUAUUUAUUACUUGAAGCACAAAAUACUGUACUUGAAGGUGAAAACAAGGCUUUGCAAGAGAAAUUAAAUAAAUGCACAAUUAAGAAUGUGGUAGGGAACUUGAUUUUAACUAGUGACAAUUCCAGUUCAGGGGAUUUUGAUUUACAAAAAAGAAUAGACACAUUAAUAGCUGAAAAUGAAAAACUUGUACAACAAGACAUUAAACAAAAGGAAGUGAUUGAUACACUAAAAAACUCUUUUUCACUUGCUGAAAUAAAUUUUAAACAUGAUUACCAAGAACUCCAAGAAAAUUAUAAUUCUCUUUUAAAGGUAAAAUUGGAAUUAGAAGAAAGCAAGAACAAGAAUGAAGCUGAAUAUAAAACCAAACUCCAGGCUUUGGUGGAAAAGAUUCAACAUUUACAGGGAGGUUUUCCUAUUGGGUUGGAAACUCAAAGUACAGUUUUUCACAGUAAGAGAGAAAAAGUUUUAAAUGAUUUUGGGGAAGUUAUAGAAAAAGACACAACAGAACUUAUGGAAAAACUUGAGCUUGCUCAUCAUGAGAAUUUAGAACUUUCAUUAAGACUUUCUGAUCUUUCUGAACAGUUAAAAGUAAAGCAUCAUCAAAUCUGCCAAUUAAAUGCAGAAGUUAUGUGCCUAAAACAAGAUAAAGAGCACAUUUCAGCAAGAUGUAAAAAAUUAGAAUUUGUAGUUGGUCACAAAUUGGAGGAAAAUAAGAACACUUUUGAACAUGAAACAAAAAAUUACAGUAUGGAACUAGCCAAAGACCAGUCUAAUGAAUCUGGAAACUUUAUUUCUGACUUCAAUCAGAAAUUUGACAAAUCAAUAGGAGAAAAAGAAGGAAAAUUAAUACCAAGUGAGCUGUUGAUUCACAGCAUUCCAGUGGAAGAGAUACUUCAACAAAAACUAAGCCCAGAACCAGAAUCACCGUUAGAUAACUUUAAUCAAAUGCGUGACAUAACAGGAGAGACUAUGUGUGUGGAUUUUGUGCAAAGCGAAAACAAGCUUAAGGAACAGCUGGACAUGUUGAAAACUGAACAGAGCGAUUUAAAAUUGCAGAUGGAGGCCCAACGUAUUUGUCUCUCUGUGGUUUACUCAGCGCAUGUGAAUCAGGUGCGCGAAUAUAUGGAAAAUGAAAAAGAGAGUGCACUUUUUGCUCUUAAAGAAGAGCUCCAGCUACGUCAUACACAAGAGUUGUGUGAGCUAAAGAAAAAUCAGAUUGUGGACAAUAAAAAAACAGAUGAAAAAGACCAGUCUGCAUGGGUGCAUCUGGAAGAACUUAGCAAGAAAGUAGUUGAAGAAUGUUCAAAGCUCACUAAGUCAGUGCAUGAAAUUCUUCCUGAAAUUUUUUCAAAUGCUGCUGAACUUGAUGUUGGUGAGAGAAAUCAAUCUAAUUCAGCAUUAAUGCCAGCAGAAAACUCUCAAGUUUUGCAAGAAACCCUACAAAGUCUCCUGAAUAAUAUAAUGGAAACGUCCCAGAGGCUACUGGAAUAUCAAGUAGAAUUCAUAGAUAGCAGAAAAAAGAUUGAAGACCAACAAACAUACCAUGCUGAUUAUAAUGACAGAGAGACUUGCUCUCUACAACAAAAUGUAGAAUCUUUUCCUACUGCAUCUCAAGAUCUAGUUGGCAUUGAAGUUAAGUCAGUUUCACAGGAAGAAGUAGAGAAUUUGAAAUUUCAACUUGAAGAACAACAUGCCAAAGAAAUUGAGCAUCUUCGAUCAUAUUUCCAUCAACAAUUAAAAGAAACUGAGGAAAAAUAUUUUGCAGAAAUGGUUCACCUACAGAAUAGACUCCAAAUUGUCAGUGAAUCUUCUGAAAAUUCCAGUGUUUCUGUGGAGUCACAUGUAAUUGAGGAUAAGCAAAAGGCAAGACAUGCUGAAAGUGGUAUUCAAAAAAAUGUUGAGAAGAUAAUAGAGUUAUCUAAUGAAGGUGAUGCAACUGAAUUACUGGAAAAACAGUACCAAGAAAAGCUGUUACAAGAAGUGGCAAAGGUGGUUGUAACCAUGAGUAUAGAAUUUGCGCAGAAAACUGAACUAGCAAGAAUUGCUAAUCUAAAUGAAGAGGAAAUUUCACUGAUGAAACCAAUGGGAACUCAGCUGGAAAAUAAUUGUCAUAGAAAUGAAUAUCUAGAAGAAUUAAAUAGUCACGUAAAUGAGAAAACAUACACUGAGCCUGAAGAGUUGUGUGAUAAAAUGUCAUCAUUCCAAGGACAAUUUGAACUUGAUGCUAAACAAGCUACACUAUAUGAAGUGCAACAUUUUAAUACAAAACUUUCAACAUACUCUUCCUCCCAUGAAGAAGAAUUUAUUGAAAAGAUACCUAUGAUUACAAAUGAAGUUACUUCAAGCCAGAUACUGUCUUAUGAGGAGUGUCUGGAAGAUAUGCGUCAAGAAUUUGUUCGUCAGCAUCAAGAAUAUCAGCAGGCCACAGAAAUAUUAAAACAGAGUCACAUGCAGCAAAUGGAGAGGCAGAAAGAAAAUCAAGAACUUCUCCUAGCAGAGCUUGAUGUUCUUAAAAUAAAGUUAGCAGAGAAUAUUAAUGAAAAUGCCGUAACAGAAAGAGAACAAAUGCUUUUACAUGAACUAGAAUCACUAAAGAAGCAAUUAAUAACUGGGAGAGAAAAACAACUCUCUGAGUUAAAAAACAGCAGUACUCAAACACAGAAUGAAAGUGUAAGUCAGACUGAAAAUGAAGAGCAUAUUUUAGAUGGUGAAAAUGGGGAAGAAAAACAGGAACAAACUUCUCUCGAUAUUCUUUCAAAAGAGAGAUGUACGUUGCAGAAAGCCAGUAGUAGGCUGAUGAAGAUUCUAUUGGAUAUUGUGAAGACUACUGCAGCUGUAGAAGAAACAAUUGGACACCUUGUUGUGAAACUUCUAGAUCAGUCACCAAAAUCUCAGUUUUCUGCAAGAGCAGAAGAUACCAUAAAAUCAAGCAUCUAUAUGGGAUAUGAGCCAGAAAGGCAAUCAUCUCAGUAUAUUGGCAAUGAUCUUGAAAGUCAAGACAAUAUCAUGUGGUCAGAAGUCACAGAUGAAGAGUUUGAACUCACCCAGUUCCUUGGCAUGGAAAUAGAUGCAAAAAAUGAAGAGCUAAUUCUAAAUAUCAAUACCCGACUUCAAGCAGUAUUUGAAAAACUUCUUCAAACAAUAAAUGAAACAGCUAAUCAGCUUGAACAUGCAAAAGCUACACAAACAGAAUUGAUGCAAGAAUCCUUUAAAUGGGAACAUGAAGCUACUGAAUUAACCAAAUGUCAGGAAGAAUUGCAAGAAAGGUUUGAUGAAGAGGUCAGAGCUAGAGAGCAGAUAGCACUGGAGCUUAGCAAAGCAGAGAAUCUUAUUGAUGUUUAUGCAGAUGAAAAAUCACUUAUGGAAAAACAAAUCCAGGAGAAGACAGAGGUAAUAGAGCACCUUGAACAAGAACUACUUCGUACAGGUAACAAAUUACAGGAACUAGAGGCUGAGAGACAGCACCUUCAAGAAGAAAAAGAAUUGCUCUUCAGACAAAAAGAUGCUAUGAAAGCUGAUGCAGGACCCAUAGAACAACGCCUAGUAGAUGCUGCAGUCGAUGCAGCUUCCCAAGCAGAGUUGUUGGCGGAGACAGAAAAGUUAAUGAAGGAAAAAAUAGAAGUGCAGCGGCAGGCUGAAAAAGAAUACAAUUACCUUCAAAAGCAGGUGAAGGCACUGGAAACUGAUAUAGAGGAGCAGGUCAACCAGUUUUUGGAGCUAGAGCAAGAAAAAAAUGCAGAGCUAAUGGAUCUAAGGCAGCAAAACCAAGCCCUAGAGAAACAGCUUGAGAAAACAAAAAAAUUUCUAGAUGAACAGGCAAUUGAUAGGGAGCAUGAGAGAGAUGUUUUCCAGCAAGAAAUACAAAAGCUUGAGCAACAGCUUAAAAUUCCUCAGAGAUUGCAACCAGUCAGUGAACAUCAAAAUAGAGAGAUUGAAGAAUUAACAAAUCAUCUUCAAGAGAAAACAGACAAAUGCAGUGAGCUUUUGCUCUCUAAGGAGCAACUUCAGAGAGAUGUGCAAGAACGGAAUGAAGAAAUUGAGAAAUUACAAUGUAGAAUCCAAGAACUGGAACAAGCUUUAAUGAUCAGUGCAGACAAUAUACAAAAGGUGGAAGAAAGAAAGCAAUUUGGGUCUGCAACUAUAAGGGGGGACUGGCCUCUAGAAGCACAGCUACAGGCUGAGCAAGAAGCUGUAGACAGGAAGGAAAAAGAGAUCAUAAAUCUUGAGGAACAAUUAGAACAGUUCCGUGAAGAACUAGAAAACAAAAAUGAAGAAGUGCAGCAGUUACAGAUGCAGCUACAAAUUCAGCUAAAAGAGUCUACAACUCGACAACAAGAACUUGAACAAGAAAAUAAAUCAUUUAAGGAUGACAUGAAAAAAUUAGGUCAAGCUAUCCAGAAUCCUGAAGAUACUUCUAUAAAGGGUCAUCAUCAAAUUCCUGGGAAAUAUAUACAGAUUAUACAAGAAAAGGAACAGAAAAUCCAUGAACUCCAUGAACAAAUUUCAAAAUUGCAACAGCAGCUGGAAAUUACAACAGAUAAUAAAUUGGUUGAGCAGAAAAAUGAGCACAUAAAAGAACUGGAAGCCCAAAUAGAAAUUUUAAAGAGUGAUCAAGAACGUGUCAAGCAGAAAAAUGAACAAGAAAUAGAACAGCUGAAUGAAGUUAUUGAAAAACUCCAGCAGGAAAUGGUGAAUAUUGAACACAAGAUACCUUUGGACUUUUCAUUGACUCAAGAUGAUAUAGAUAAUUUAAAACACCAGCUUGAUGUUGUAAUGGCAGAAAAGGAUGAUUUAGUGAUACAAGUGGAAAAUAAUGUUCAGCAGUUAUUUGUUGCAAAGAAUGAACUUGAAAGAAAACAAAUUAACAUAGUAAAGUUAGAGAAGGAACUAGAUAUACUGAAAGAAGAACUUGAAAAAACUAGAGAAAAAUAUAAGUCUAUUCCAAUAAGAAGUGGCAAUGCACAAAUAAGUACAAAGAUUGAAGAAGAUGCUUCGAGAAUAAGUAUAAAUUUAAAGGUACUUGAGAAAGCUGUAAAAGAAAAGGAUUUAGAGCUAAUCCAAUGCAACAGGCAUUUCAAGGAUUUCAAAGACCAAGCCCAUAUGGAGUCAAACAAGCUCAAACAAAGAAUAAUGGAACUAGAAGAAGCCCUUGAGCAAAAGACUGCUGCAAACCUUCAGAAUCAAGUUGAAUUGAAUCUGAUUCUGGAGCAAAGUCAGCUUUCUCCCCUGGUAGCUGCAGUUUCAGAAGAUAGCAAAGAAGAAGCCUUAUGUAUUCCAUUAGAAAAUGCAAAAUAUAUAGGUAGGGAAGAUGCAACAGUUAGGUUAUUAGAGUUAUCAGAGAAACUUUCAGAGAUGCAGAGCCAACUGGCAGAUGCACAGAAUAAUCUUCAACUAGAAAGAACAAAACUGGAAUUAGUAAAGAAUGAGACAAAAGAAAAGGAAGAGAGACUUGUUAAACUUCAACAACUGCUAACAGAAAUAGAACAAAGACAUAAACGGGAGAAAUUGUCAAGCUCUGAGGAAAGAAAGAUGCAAACUCAGAUGGUCACAGAGUUGGGUGAAAACAAGCAAGGAAAUUAUCUUGAAUUGGAAAAAGUCAGAUUGGAGUCAGCUGCAGCCAAGGAAGAGCUUAAUAACUACAAAGAAAAAGCAGAGAAAUUGAAAGAACAGUUACUGGUAAAAGAAUCAAACCUGAUCUUUCUUAAAGAUGAACUAGAGCAAACCAGGAAUAAAUUAGCCCAGGCAGAAGAAAAAAUUGCUGGAUAUAUAAAGAAGGAAAAGAAUAUUAUAAAACCAGAGCAAAUAGAUACCAAAUGGAUAAAUGCAUCAAGUCAGACUGAAAAGGUACAGCAUAUCAGUAGCUGCAACCAGACUUCACAACUCCUUGUGAAAAGUGAAGGAAUUCAGAUUGAUUUACAAAAUGAAUAUUCUUCAGCAGAAGUUACAGAACUUAUAAAAGAAUUUAAUGAAAAAAUUGAACAAAUGCAGGAAUUACAUGCUGCUGAAAUAAUGGACAUGGAAACGAGACACAUCUCAGAAUCAGAAGUGUUGAAAAGAGAACAAUUUAUUGCAAUACAAGAGUUAACAGAAGAAUGUAAUGUCUUGAAAAAUGCCAUAGAUGUCCUAAGAAAUAAAGAGACAAUCCCGGGUAUAGCACAGUCUAUAACUUCUAUUGCCAGUGAUAGUUCAUAUAAUGACUCUGCUUCAGGCUGGAACCAAGGAACAUACCUGGCUCCAAGCCAUGGAUCAGAAACCAUAUCAGAUGCUGUAGGAGAUGAAGGUGAAACAACAAUGGAUUUUCUUCCAAACAAAAUCAAGGGCUUGCUAAGAGCUAUUCAUCAUGAAGGCAUACAGGUACUUUCUCUCACAGAAUUUCCUUACAGUGAAGGUGAAGUUGUUCCUAUUAAACAAGAACUAGAACCUUGGCUAGAAGAACGUAUGGCUUUUUUAAGCAGUAUUUCGUCUUUGAAGGAAUUAAUUGCCAAAAUGCAGAUUCACAGACAAACUAAGUUUUAUGUAGCAUCUGAAACCUCUGACACUGUCUCAGAUUGGCGGGCAGAGCUGCUCUGUGGUGUUCAACAAAUUUUCCAAAAUGAAAAGGAUAUUCUUCUAGCGGCAUUUCAGACUGAAUUGGCAGAAGUCGGUGUUCAAGAUGCUGUGGGACUAAUAGAUCAGCUGGAAAGGAGACUUCAAGAACAGAUGACAUAUCAGAGGAGUGCUUUGGAUUUCCUUCAGAAUGCAGAGAGACAAAGUUUGUUAAUGGAAAUCAGCAUUUUGCAUGCACAGCUAAACAGGCAUGAUGAUGAAAAGGAAGAAAUAGAAAUUCAUCCAAAAUGUCAAGAAUUGUUGGGUUACAAUAUGGAAAUGCAAAUGGAGCUUAAAAAUACCAAGGACAGAACAGCUGAACUUCAAGAGCAGCUCAGCUCUGAAAGGAUGAUGGUUGCAGAACUAAAGAAUGAACUUGGGCAAACCAAGCUGGAACUGGAAACAACCCUAAAAGCACAACAUAAGCACUUAAGGGAUCUGGAAGCCAUCAGAAAUGAACUUAAGGGAAAAGCAACUGAACUUGAAAUCUUAAAAAGUACGAUUACAAAUGAACAGAAGAAAUCAAGGGAGUUUCAGUGGGCCCUGGAGAAGGAGAGAGCAAAAGUGGAACACGGUGGUAAAAGAGAAAAAGAAGAAAUCGAGGAUUUGAAAUUUUCUUUUGAAAAUGAAAGACAGAAAAAUAUAGAGCUGAGUAAUCUUCUGGAGCUUGAAAGAGAGCUGUCAAAUGAUUUGCAAAAGAAGAUUGAAUCCCAGGAAGCACUAAAUGCAGUACAACUAUCUGAGGAACACAGCUGUAACUCUGAACUACAAGUACUGUUGGAAUCUGAGAGGCUCAAAGUUCUUGAGUUAUGCAGCGCCCUAGAGAGAGAAAAAGACUUACGUACCCAGCUCCAGAUGAUUGAACAGACAAAGCGGGAUGGAAGUUCUACACAUUCAGAAGAAUUGUUCAAAGAUCUGCAAAAACAAUUGGAUGAAAAGCAUAACCGCAUAGUUCUAAUGGUUAAUGAAUUGGAAGAGAACAAAUUAGAAUCUGUGAAAUUGAAACAACAAAUGGAAAAAGAGAGGCAGAUUCACAGGAAAACUCUACAGGCAGAACAAGAUGCUAAUAUCUUAGCCCAUAAAAAAAUACAUGAACUGGAGUCCAGAGUGGAAGAUUUGCAGUGGCAACUUGAAGAAGAGAGACAACAAGUUCUUCAGUUGCUGAGUGAUGAAAAGAAACAGCAAGAAAUGGUCCAAGAAUUACAGCAAAAAAUGCAGAGAAAAGAGGUGGAAAAAGCAACAUUUCAGGCUGUAAAUGAGGUUGCUUUGGAUGAAUCUAACGAACGAACAAGAAAGUGGAUUUUCCAGCAGAAAAUGGGACAAGCUGAAACAAAAGAAUUGUCUUAUUCUUCCCUAAUGGGCAUUGGAGGAGGAGGAGGAGGUGGUGAUGCCCCCAGACAAUCUCAAGAGCUUGAGAUGGUUCAGCAGAAGCUCAAAAAUGUGUUUUCCACAUUGAAACACUUGGCCAAUAAAACUGCCUGCAGAUUACCCUUUGAAAAAUCAGAUGAUGAGGACUUAAUUGGAAUACAAACUGACAUUGAAGAAGUUCUAUUAAAAUUGCAGGUGCUCUCUGAUUUAUAUAGCCUGGAGAUCAAUUCAGACACCCCAUCUUCAGCCUCAUUGACUGAAAGAUUGCUAAAACAGAAUGCUGAACUGACUGGGUUUGUUAGUAGAUUGAGUGAGGAGAAGAACAAUAUGAGGAACACAGUCAUGAAACUGGAGGAGGAACUUAGAAGAUAUCAAUACACAGGAUCUUGUGGAGACUCAACUUUUAGACAGUCACUACAUAAUGGAAGAAAUGUUGAUGCACUGAUUGCUUCUGAAAAAGAAAUCUGGCAUAAAGAGAAAUUAAGUCUUCAACAGUCCCUGAAGCAGGCGGAAGCCGAACUGGCCAAACUGAAAGCAGAAUUAAGAAAUGAGGCUUUCUUGAGAGAACUGGGAACAGAUUCUGAAAAUGCUGCUUUAAAGAGGGUUUAUGGAAGAUACCUGAGAGCAGAGAGCUUCCGGAAGGCUCUCAUUUAUCAGAAGAAAUAUUUGCUGCUCUUACUGGGUGGGUUUCAGGAGUGUGAAGAAGCCACUUUAACUCUUAUUGCAAGAAUGGGCGGGCAGCCUUCCUACACUCAACUGGAGGUCAUUACACAUCGUUCAAAAAGUUUUACACGGUUUCGCUCAGCUGUGAGAGUGUUAAUUGCAAUUUCAAGGUAA